GCUCAAAUAGAUUGCUAUCUGCCAAAUGUCAUUCCGCUGUCAAAUUAGACAUCACAGAAGCGCAUCGCUCGGCACUGUACAACCUGUGUUAGAAUUUUCGUUGUAAACAAUCAAUUCUCUUUAUUUGUUUUUGCUUAUUACCUCAAUAACACAAUAAAUGAAGAUGAAUGCUACCAGUUUAUACGUUUCUACGUGCCGUCUCAUAAUACUAGCCGACGCGGCGGAUAAGUCUUCGUGGACGGAUUUAUUUCGUUUAGUUCCAUACUUGCGGCAAUCUUUGUCCUGUACAGUUUGCGGUAAUUUGCUUAAAGAACCUUACACGCCGACCAGUUCGGGGUGUCAGCAUCACGUGUGUAAAAAGUGUAAAGGCGGGAGAAAGAAAUUAAAACCGUCUUGUAGUUGGUGUAAGGAUUACGACAAUUAUGCAGAAAAUUUGCAGUUACGGAUUCUGCUACAGUGUUACAAGAAGUUGUGUGAAUAUUUUAUGGGUACGGACGUUUACAAGAGUCUGUUGGAGGAGGACGAGGUGGCGGCAGGCGUGAACGGGGGCACGGUAGCGAGUUCGGGGCUUAUCGACUUGAUACAGGAGGGCGCGGGUUUUGCCGAUGACUACAAGAGCACGGCGGGCCUGUCCAAGUCCGCCUACAGUAUCCUUCCCUGUGUCUACACAAACUCUGCUUCCACACAAACACAGGCAGCCUCCACAUCAAGUAGCACAGAAACCAGAUCCUCCAGUAAAGAUUCCCCUAAUUCCAGAGCAAUGUCCAAUGGCUCCCCCCUUUACUCUGUAAUGUAUGCUGGCUCUGGCAAUAAAAUUACUAUUAAGAGAAAAGCAGUUGAUGAAACUGAUUCAUCUUCACCAAGUGAACCUGCCCCUAGGGAAAGCAAGUCAAAUCAAUUAGGAUUUAAGAAGCCCUCAAACCGCACCCGUAGCUCAGCAAGUAGCAAACGGAAAGGUUGCAGAUGUGGCAAUGCAACAGCCACGCCUGGCAAACUAACAUGCUGCGGACAGCGGUGUCCAUGCUAUGUGGAGAGCAAGCCAUGCACGGAGUGCAAGUGUAAAGGUUGCCGGAACCCGCAUAGGCCAGAUGGGAUGAAGGUCCGACCACACAUACCUCAGUUAGACACGCUGCAGUUGAACAUGAACUCGGACAGCUCCCCCUCCUGCUCUGGCUCCAUGGACAGUCUGGACCCCGACACCCUCACGAUGGAAGCCAUGGAGGAGAGCCUCAACUUCAAUACGGACCUCAAACCAUCUAAUAUUAAGGUAUACACAAGUCAAUUGCAAGAAGUGUCAGCAUCGUUGCCGGCGACGAUAAUGAUGGACGAGGAGCUUCCAGCGUCGGACGGCGACGAUGCCAGCUCGCCGCCCGACUACGCCAUCUCGCCCGACAGCCACGAGUCGCCGCGCUCCGAGCCCGCGCUAGAUACCAACAGCGACGUCGAGGUCGACGUAUGACAUCCGCUGUCCGCCGAGUGCGAUUAGGAGUUGCUCUCCCUUAUGUGCGCGGUUAGACGCUUGCUGCUCGUCUCGGAGUUUGUGAUGGUCGCGUUGCUCGCCAGCGUCUGGGGCUGGUGAUUGAAGGUGCAGAUUUAUUGGCAUUAAUAAAUGAAGGACAUCAAUAAUAGGCAAAGUUUUUCGUAUACAGUUCUUGUCAUUAUUUAAAAACAACUUUUGAACUCCAGCAUGUACCAUAUUUUAGUGUUUCCUUAAAAAUAUAACAAAAUAAUUACAUUGUAAAAUACAUAGUUAUGUUGCAUCUUGAAGUUAAUAUGUGUGUUUUAGUAUAAGACAUGUAUAAAUGAACUAUGUCAGCAGUGCAAGUACUUCUUGACUUCUUCUCCCAGAUGUCCGUGACAUGGCUCGCAAUGCAUGUCUGUAGGCACACAGAACGGCAAUAACGCGAUAUACGUGGCGUAAUUAUGUAUUUUUUAAUGAAAUAAGACGACAAUUGAAAAUAAGUUUAUAGGGGAGACACUCGUUCAGUCCGACUAAAUUGUAAUGUUGGUGUGAAAUUAAAUUCAGAGAAAACGAACUGAAAAUAUUCUGCUACUUUUGAUUUAAUUUGUAUCGUAUGUAUUUAAAUAGUGUGUCCGGUUUGGCAGAUUAUUUGCAAUAGUUCUUUAAUGCUAUCAACUGAAAUUAGAAAUAAGUAAUGUGGAAAAUCGUAAAAACAUCAUAUUAAUUUAUUUCAUAAUGGUUAUUCCACGACAUAUACAUAUUUUAUUAUGCCAAGACAAUUACGUCAUAAAAUAAUUUUAUGUAGAUUGAGAAGAGUGAAUAGAAGUAACUUUAACUGAUCGAUAUUAAAAAGUGAGUGAAACCAUUUUUAACUUUAACUGCUUUAAGUCAUAAAAAGUAUAAGUACUUAUAUUAAAAUAACACAGUAAUCUCAUGAUAUACACGUUCGCGUUGUAAUCAGUUUACUCGUAUCCACUUUUUCUUACUCUUGAUACGAGAGGAUACCAAAAUGGUACAACAGUGAGUUAACUCAUUUUAGUAAGUGAAAAUUUACACAAAUCAUAAAGAUACAUUAAAACAAUUGUUGCAAAUACUUGUUCUCGCUGGACCACAUUUGUUAGUAAUGUAAAUACAAAGAUGCUGCCAAUUUCAAUUAAAUCUGUACCUAUAGUAUCUAACUAAGCGAAUCUUUAGUUCCACGAGUAAGUUGUAAAUAAUUAUGUGUAAGUAGUCACCCUGUUUGGUAUAACCAGCUUUAGGUGUUGCAUUGAUUGUGUGUAAGUUUUUAUGUAAACUUCGGCUCUUAUUAAAUUUCGUAAUAUUUCACAAUGAAUUUACUAAUGUAUUCCAUAAAUCAAAGAUUUUUACAAUAUAUCGAAUAUUAUAGUGAAUUCAACUUUUGGUAUCUUUAUAAACGUAAGCUACUCAUUUCCGUGGACUUAUUUUAUAUGCAAUUGAGCAUUUUAGGCACUUGUGCUAAUAAUUGCCGGAUUGGUACUAUAUCGGGGUUCAGUCAAGUGUUAAAAUAUGGGUGCAUACAACUUAUUCAAAAAUAUGUCCCAUAGUCAUUAAUUCGCUGACAUAAGAGCUAUGGGACAUAUUUUAGAGUAUGAUGAGUGCACCCAUAUUUUUAAACUUGACUGUACACACAAUCUAACUUACAGGAGUCUUAUAGGUUGGAUAACGCACUGAUAAUUAAUUCAGUCCUAUGAUGGGACGCAAUACUUAUUUACAAAAUCGACUAUGGAAAUGAGGUAUUUCAUUUAUACAUGUAAAUGUAUGACUACUUAGUUUUAAAUUCUAUUUGCAAUAGAAGAUUCUUUUAUUACUUUUAUUAGAAAUCUAUAGAUUAUUUUCAAUAGCUUUUUCAAAGUUUCUUACGUAGGUAUUAUGGAACCUUAAAACAUAAUUUUCCUACGUUUGUAUGUGAUGUGUAGCUGCUAUGCAGUAGAUACCUAAGCUAAAGUUCAUCAUCGAAUAGAAAAUGAUUGUAUUGCACCAGUUUUAAUUGAAAAAGAAAAUGGAAAUUGGGUUACACUAUACAUCUUCAGAUCAUUUUGUCUAUAUACAAUCUUAUGAUAUUAUCUGCACCUAUGUUUUUAUCGUAGCCCAGAUUGUAGGCUUGACCAUUUAAUGGUCUGUCAUAAAAUUGGAGUAGCCAUACUGAACUAUUAUUACUACGUAUAAAACCGGCACAGCCAAUCAGUAUUUAGCACCAUGAGUUGUUGCCGGCCGGCAACAACUAUGGCAGCGGGGGACCAAAACGUAAGCGCCUUGAACUUCAAUGUCGCUUACGACGUUUUGGUUGCGUGGUUCACGCCAACUCCCCUCGCCUUCUGGUUCGUUUGCGACACUUUCAUUGAUUGAUAUGAUAUAUGGCUUCUCUAUACCAAGUAAUAAUAACUCAAUGAGUAGCCAUCGUCUCAUUAAAUGGCAAUUCUACGAGCUACAUGUCAAUGUAAUUAAAAAAUAUAUUUUUACUGUGGUAUAGGUAAAAGAACCUGCAGGAAAGUGCUCGCGCUCGUUACAUUCUAUAGGUAGCUUGUUUAACGACGUCAAAUUAAAAUAAAUACAAAUCUAGGUAAUAUGUGGAAAGUCUCACAACUGAAUUAUAAAUGCUAGCUAUUGUAAUAGGUAGUAAAGUCUGUUGUUCUUGCUGCUUUUGUUUCUUAAUGUGCGAUGUAGGUACUUGAUUCUGAUAUUUUUUUUGAUACGUAGCUGGACUAGCCGGCCUUUCCAUGCCUGAGACCAAAGUGCACGACGUCUUUUGGUUUGAUGCACCGUAUUAUAGGAACUGUGAUAAUGCGUCACUAGCUAUAAAAGUUGCAAAUAAUGUUUUCAACAUUGACAUAUUAUCUUUGUGCACUUAUUAGUUGUGACGUCCCUAAAUUAGGUUAUUUCUUGUAUACUAUACAAACGUUAGCGGCUCUUAUUUAUAGGACUAUUUGAAACCCUGGGGGCUGCUUGGAACUGACUAUCCACUCUGCUUUCUUCUACCAACAAUCGUAAAAUUUAUAGAAAGUGUUUUUACCGUUAUGUAAUGUAUAAAAUUAUUGGACUCAAAAGCUUAGCAUUCUUCAAAUCCAAGUAGGUAUGCAUACUUCUUUGGUUUCCAAGUAGUUCUACAGGUCGGUAGUAGGUGAUUUUAUUAUAUUGCGCAAAUAUUGGAAAGGUGAGAAUGUGAUCCAACCUCGAAUAAGAAAUGUAUUUUUUUUAUUAAUUUAAUGCAAUAGGUUUUAAUUGUUGUAUAAACCAAAUUUGUAAAAUGUCGCAUACUUCGCAUAACAUGUAUAUAUUACACUGCUGUAAAUGAUAAAUUUCAAGCUUAAAAUCCAGUAGGUCCUGAUAUAUCAAUGUUGGAAAUCGGAUAAGGUAUAUUAUGAUGUAAUAGGCUAAUACAGCACUCAAGUACAAAGAAAAUGAUGUAGAGAUAGUGAUGAUAUUCUCAAUAAUUUUCACAUUUUCUUACCAUUAUUAUCUCGUCAUUAGGGAAAUAAAAUAAAAUCUAAAUAUUUUGUGUUAA